CAGCAGCAGCAGCAGCAGCAGCAGCAGCAGCAGCAGCAGCAGCGACAAUAGCAGCAGCGACAAUAGCAGCAGCGACAAUAGCGACAAUAGCAGCAGCGACAAUAGCAGCAGCGACAAUAGCAGCAGCCGCUCGCGCCCCACCGCCGACAUGGUGUCCCCCGUCACCGUGGUGAAGAGUGAAGGUCCCAAACUGGUGCCCUUCUUUAAAGCCACUUGUGUCUAUUUUGUCCUCUGGCUGCCAACUUCCAGCCCCUCCUGGUUCAGUGCUCUCAUUAAAUGUCUGCCUAUCUUUUGCCUGUGGGUUUUCCUUCUGGCGCAUGGAAUUAACUUCUUAGUGUCACACCGGAGUGCCAGCCGCAUCCUAGCGGGGCUCAUAUUCUCGGCAGUGGGAGAUGCCUUUCUCAUCUGGCAGGAGCAGGGCUACUUCAUUCAUGGUCUGCUGAUGUUUGCCAUCACACACAUCCUGUACUCUUCAGCCUUUGGCAUGAAGCCUUUGGACCUCAAAGCCGGCUUGUUGAUGGGCCUGGUUUCCGGUUCCUGUUAUGCCUUCCUGUACUCCUACCUCUCAGGCCCGUUCACCUACCUGGUAGCUGUCUACAUCGCCUUGAUUGCCUUCAUGGGCUGGCGGGCGGUGGCCGGCAUGCAGCUGUGCAACGAUCUCUGGACAUGGACCAAGCUCUCUGCCUGCAUCGGCGCGAUGCUGUUCAUGGUGUCCGAUCUAACCAUUGCACUUAACAAGUUCUGCUUCCCCGUGCCCUACUCGCGCUUCAUCAUCAUGGCUACUUACUAUGCAGCCCAAAUGCUUAUUGCACUGUCAGCUGUAGAGACCAGAGAUGAAGAGGACUUCAGAAAGAGGAGCUAGGUGGAGUGCCAAUAGUGCGUGAACACGUGGGUUAUAUCUCAGGUGCUGUAGCUGCAUUCACCCCUGAGAGAGAUCUCCAUUUCUCUAGGCACACUGGUGAUGUUGAUUUUGCUUCUUUGAAGCAUUACCUUUAGGAAUUAUUUUUUUUCAAUGGCUUUCUCUGAAUAAAGCUUACUUCAGUGUGGAGUCCACAUCAGAAAGCUUA